AUGUCUUCUACCGACAAAUCGAGGCAGUCGUCAGGAGGGAAAUCGUUCUUCUCGCGCAAUAGGAAAGACAAACGCAACACAAGCGACGAAGGCCGCCACCUGGCUGGAGGCGACUACUCCGACACGGCCAGCGUACACUCGCGCGCUUCUCGUCAUCACCGCGACUCGUCCGUCGUGUCCAUCGACCAAUACCCCGAACCCGGCAUGACUGCCGGUCCUAUGACGAGCAUCCCAUACGAUAGCAUUACCGAUUCUAGGUCGCCGGUGUCAGCCGAAUACCUACCCAAGGGUGAUCAGCUUGGCGUCCUGCGCCAGAGUCCUUUACCGCAUCACCUCAACAAAGUAACGAGCGACUUUCACCAAUACCCCAGCUUCGAUCCGUCCACCAUGGCGGGGGGCGCCGGUUCACAUGCGUCGGCGCAGCGUGUUCCGCAGUCCAACAUCACGAUGGCCAGCACCGGUCGUCAGACGCAAUACCAACAGUGGGGACCAGGGCCUGCUCGCGGAAGCACAGCUAGCACAAUCAAUGGGUCCCACAACCCCAGAUACGAUUCGUACAUGACAUCGGCGGGUCGUAGCUCCGCUGACCAAGCCAGCAUAUUCUCAUCAGGUAAUGGAGGCACCUAUGACAUGACAGCAAAUCGCUCAUCAAGACCAGCAUUACCAAGUGCUUCUUCGCAGAGUUCCUAUUCCUCGCAUAUGUCCUACAGGGACUCCUCGCACCCUUCCUCGCACCGAUUGACAAAGUUCCCCGGCAUGGGACCCACUGGACACGAUGGCUUUCAUUUCCCGCGGCCAGACAACGACGAAAUCAUCAACCAGAUGUUUCUGGCGUUGAUGCAAAAACGAGGAUGGCACAACCUACCCGAACAGGCUCGCCGCCAGAUGGUGGCGUACGCGCCGGACAAGAAGUGGACGUUGCUAUACCAGGACCGAUUGACCGAGUGGCAAGGAGAGCAAAAGAGGAGGCAAACAGCGAAACCGAACCAAUAUGCGGCGCCGGAGAUUCUGGUCAACUCGGACGAGGAGGGCUCGCCAGAAUGGUACGUCCGACGUGUGAUGGAUAACAGCUUGGACACGAAGGGCCUUGGGAGUCUGGAAGUCAACCUCCGUACGCAGCAAAUCGGCUGGGUCAAGCGCUUCAUUGAGUGCCAAGGUCAGGUCGCGUUGACCAACGUCUUGAUGAAGAUCAACCGCAAGACCGCGAUAGGCCCAGUGCCGGAUGGGAAAUCUGACAGAAAUUCCGAUCGCGAGUACGACAUCAUCAAGUGCCUGAAGGCCUUGAUGAAUAACAAGUUCGGUGCCGACGAUGCUCUAGCACACCAACAAGUCAUCAUUGCACUGGCUACCUCGCUCACCUCCCAACGCUUGACGACCCGGAAGCUGGUCAGCGAAGUCCUUACAUUCCUAUGCCACUGGGGAGACGGCGAAGGUCACCUGAAGGUUAUUCAAGCUCUGGAUUCCGUCAAGACGCAACAAGGGGAAAAUGGACGCUUUGACGCCUGGAUGCGGCUUGUCGAGGUUACGGUGGAUGGCCGAGGAAAGAUGGGCAGCAUGGUCGGAGCCAGUGAUGAGGUCCGAAGUGGUGGUAUUGGCAUGGAGAACCUGCUGAUGGAAUAUGCGGUUGCCACGCUGAUUCUCAUCAACAUGAUUGUGGAUGCGCCGGAGAAGGACUUGCAGCUGCGGAUGCAUAUCCGCGCCCAGUUCACAGCAUGCGGCAUCAGGCGAAUCCUCACGAAGAUGGAUUCGUUUCAGUACGAUCUCAUCGACAAGCAGGUGGAGCACUUCCGAACGAACGAGGCCAUCGACUACGAGGAUAUGUUGGAGAAGGAGAACAACAGCAUCAAAGACAGCGUCGAAGGGGAAGUUAAGGACCUCAACGACCCUGUCCAGAUCGUCGACGCCAUCCAGCAACGCCUGCGCGGAAGCAAGACCCAAGACUAUUUCAUCUCGGCUCUGCAACAUUUGCUACUCAUUCGUGACAACGAUGGCGAAGAGCGACUGCGAAUGUUCCAGCUCGUGGACUCCAUGCUCAGCUAUGUGGCUAUGGACAGGCGCUUGCCCAACAUGGACCUGAAGCAGAGCCUGAACUUCACCGUUCAGAGUCUGCUGGACAAGCUUCACACAGAUUCGGAAGCCCGACAGGCCCUGGAUGAGGCGUUGGAGGCGAGACAGGUCGCCGACGCCGCCAUGGCUGAGCGAGAUGAAAUGAAGGAAAGGUUAGAGUUGGGCGCUGAUGGUCUUGUGGCGAAACUCCAAAAGCAACUGGAUGAGCAGGCGAGGUUCAUUGAAGCUCAGCGACGGCAGGCCGAAGGCUUGAAAGCCGAGUUGGAGAACAUACAGACGUUACGCCAGAAGGAAGCGCAGCGCUACGAGCUUGAGACCAGAGAGCUAUACCUUAUGCUUAGGGACGCACAAGAUGUUGCUGCGUCCAACGCUGUUAAGGGCAGCAAGCUCGGAGAAGAAGACCCAGCCCGAAUGCAAGGUAUUCUGGAUCGCGAUAGACUCAUGGAGCGUCUGCAGAUGCAGAUCGAACGCCAGAAGACGCAGUUCAAGUUGGAGGGCAGAGUAUGGGGAGAUGCUGUGGGACCGUCCGACCGACUGCGCGCUCUUCGCGAGGAGAUGGACGAUGCUGCCGCGGGAUCAGGGCCGGGUACGCCGCCGAGAGACUUCACAAACAGCAUGCUUGGAAGUGUCAACCGCAACACAAAGAUCGCGCGGAAACCGGUCAACGGUCGCGGCGAGCCUGUCGAAGGUGAUCUCCCCGAGGGCGAGGAAGGCGACGAGGAUGAGGAUGGAGUCAUCUACGAAAAGCCAAGAGUCGUCGAAAUCCGCCGCCCCGUCAUGGAUUCGAGCCAAAAGGCUGGUCUCUUCGGUGAGAUGGCCGGAAAGGUCAGGAGAUACGAAGGAAGCGACUCGGAAGACGCCGAGGGCGCGACAACGGGCCCGUCACACCCGAGCCUCGAGUCCGGCUCCCCCAUCACUCCCGCCGAGGGCGAGCCUCCCAAGAUCCAAAUUACCGGUGCGGCCGCGCCCCCGCCUCCACCUCCGCCGCCCCCAAUGCCCGGCCAAACCGGUGUUCCUCCUCCACCUCCGCCCCCACCACCACCUCCCCCUCCCAUGCCAGGUAUGCUCUCGCCUACAGGAGCUCCCCCGCCGCCGCCGCCGCCGCCGCCGCCGCCUCCACCACCGCCGGGUGGUGCGCCGGGGAUGCCACCGCCGCCACCUCCCCCAUUGCCCGGUGCCAUUUCUGGACACUUCCUUGCACAAACUACGUCCUUUGCUGGCGGUCCUUCCAUCGGCCUGCCUGUUGUUCGUCCGAAGAAGAAGCUCAAGGCUCUUCAUUGGGACAAGGUCGAUUCUCCUAUGACUACUCAUUGGGCAGCACAUGCCCCGUCUGCUGAGGAGCGCGAAGAGAAGUAUCUUGAACUCAGCCGCAAGGGUAUCUUGGACGAGGUUGAGAAGCUCUUCAUGGCCAAAGAAAUCAAGAGGCUUGGUAUCGGUGGAGGUGCGAAGAAGGACGACAAAAAGCAAAUCAUCUCGGGAGAUCUUCGCAAAGCCUUUGAAAUUGCGUUUGCCAAGUUUUCUCAAGUCUCUGUUGAUAAAAUUGUGCAAAUGAUCAUUCAUUGCGACAAGGACAUCUUGGACAAUACUGUUGUCAUGGACUUCUUGCGUAAAGACGAUCUCUGCAACAUUCCCGACAACACGGCCAAGCAAAUGGCCCCGUACAGCAAAGAUUGGACGGGCGCCAACCCUGAUAAGGCGGACCGUGAGCAGGACCCAGCCGAGCUCACCAGACAGGACCAGAUCUACCUGUUCACAGCCUUUGAGUUGCAUCACUACUGGAAGGCGAGAAUGCGCGCUCUUGCUCUUACCAGGAGCUUUGAGCCCGACUUCGACGAGAUUACCGAGAAGAUGCGCCAAGUUGUUGCAGUGUCUGAGUCUUUGAGAGACUCUGUGUCUCUGAUGAACGUCCUUGGUCUCAUUCUCGACAUCGGAAACUACAUGAACGACGCCAACAAGCAAGCCCGCGGUUUCAAGCUGAGCUCUCUUGCCCGUCUCGCCAUGGUCAAGGAUGACAAGAACGAGUCCACACUGGCCGAUUUGGUCGAGCGUAUCGUCCGUAACCAAUACCCUGAAUGGGAAGACUUCUCAAACGAUAUUGCGGGCGUGAUGAUGGCGCAGAAGAUCAACAUCGAACAGCUCCAGUCCGACGCCAAGCAGUAUAUUGACACGGUCAAGAACGUACAGAUGUCGCUCGACGCUGGUAAUCUUAGCGACUCCAAGAAAUUCCAUCCCCAAGAUCGCGUCAGUCAGGUUGUGCAGAGGAUCAUGAAGGACGCGAGAAGAAAAGCGGAGGAGAUGCAGCUAUACUUGGAGGAGAUGAUGAAGACGUACAACGACAUCAUGGUCUUCUACGGUGAAGACCCCACCGACGACAAUGCUCGCAGGGACUUCUUCGCCAAGCUUGCUGUCUUCAUCUCGGAGUGGAAGAGGUCCAGGGAGAAGAACGUCACGUUGGAGGAGACGCGCAGGCGAAACGAGGCUUCCAUGAAGCGGAAGCACGCCCAACUCCAAGCAUCGAAUGCCAAGGUGGAAGGCGCACCUCCAUCGCCAUCAAGCGCAGGUGCCAUGGACUCUCUGCUGGAGAAGUUGCGUGCUGCUGCACCCCAGACGCGAGACCAGAGAGAUCGCCGCCGUAGGGCGAGACUCAAGGAUCGCCAUCAGGUGCGGAUAGCAUCCGGACAAAAGAUCCCUGAUCCGGACGAAAUUCCCGAGGUCGAAGCCACCUUACAACAACCGCCCAAGGAGCCAACCAUUGAUGAAGACGGCAACCUCCUCAGCCCCGGACUAUCGUCGCCCAGAGAAGGUGGCGAAGACGAUGUCGCUGAUCGUGCGGCGAUGCUGCUCCAAGGUAUACGUGGAGGAGACGGGGCCGACGAGGCCGACCCGGAGAAGAGAGAGAGCCUGCGGCGCUCGAGGAGGCAAACGGCCGAGGAAGAGAGACGGAUGAGAAGACGGCGACGGGAGAAGGCGACCUCCACGAAUACCGCCGCCAGUGAAGGAGACACGACUGUGACGGAAGCGAAGGAGGAGGAGAUACCCCCAACACCUUCGAUUGAGAACACGCCUGUAGAACCAUGA